AUGGAAGUGAAGGGAGAUUUGUUGCCGCCGGGGCUGAACUGGGAGGAGAUUUGGACUAAAAUUGUGGAAGAUCUCUUUGAGAAUCUUCGCCUAAGAGAUGAGAAAUCAGCUGUUGUCGAACCUGAACUGGAAUAUGCGACACAGUCACUAGGGGUAUAUCUUCCGGAAGACAUUUGGGUCAAUAUUUUACAAAGGCUAAGCACUAUCGAUAAACUGCGAAGCGCCGGUAAAGUGUGCUCGGUGUGGAGACGACUGUUGAGAGAGCCAGUUAUGUGGGAUGUUAUCGACUUGAGGGAUCAAAAAUGCAUACCGGUGAGGGUUAUGCAUGCUCUAUUUUCAACGGCGAUCGAGCGUAGUCAGGGCCAAUGCACUGACUUCUCGUAUGCGUUUUGCGGCUCAGGCGAUAUCCCGUACUUAGUGGAAAGGUCCAGCACCUUAAGAAGGUUGUGGCUUAGGGGUUGCUCAGGAGGAUGGGGCACCCCUAUCUAUUCGGGUCUGAUGAAAGUGGCUUCAAGAUUGUGUCAUUUGGAGGAGCUGAGUCUCCAAGACUGCUUUAUCACACCUGCCUGCAUUGAGGCUCUAGGUGUGCACUGCCCGAGGUUGAUGUCAUUCUCAUUGUGUCACUUUGAUGCUGUAGACUUUGAGACCGAGGAAGAGAAAAACGAGGAUGCUCUUGCUAUUGCAGCCCACUUGCCUUCACUACGCCAGCUUCAACUUAUUGGCAAUACUUUGACAGCUCAGGGGCUUGAGGCGAUUCUUGAGGGUUGUCCUAACCUCAAGUCCCUUGACUUGCGCAGAUGCCUUGGCAUUGACCUUGCGCAGAUGGUUCAUUUCAGGCACCCCAAUGACUCAUUGAUUGACUUUCUGUUUCUAGUUUAG